UUUACAUGCACAUGGCCCAUUGGCCGUCCUGAGGCGGGCCAGUCUGCUGAAUAGGAUGGGUAUUUUUCUCCUGUGGUCCUUGCUCCUCCUUGGUCUUCUCACUGGACCAGGGGCUUCCAGAGCCCCCAUGGUGGUAACUGGGACCCUGGGGGGCUCUGUCACUUUGCCCCUGCAGCUGCAGGAUGGACAGCAGGUGGAGAGCAUCUCCUGGGUAUGUCGCUCGGUCCCCGGGGCAAUAGCCACGGUGACCUUGGUAGAAGCUGGAGGACCAGACACCUUUCACCAGGCGGAAUCACGGUACUGGGGUCGUUUGAGUGUGGUGGGCCCAGAACGCUCCCUGCAGAUCAGCCACCUGAGUUGGGCAGAUGCGGGGUCCUACCGAGCCCACAUUAAUCUUCAGAGCUCCCGCGUCACCCACACCAGGGAGUACAGCCUGCAUGUCUAUGAGCAACUGGCCCAGCCCCGUGUCACAGUGAGCACCAGGAUUAGUGGGAAUGGAUACUGUCUCAUCAUCCUGACAUGCGUGGCAGAGAGCAGAGGAGGUGCUGUGACCUACAGCUGGACACCUCUGGGACCCCAGACUGCUGUGUCCCAUGGAGGGUCUGUCCUCAGUGUCACCUUGAGGCCUGGGGACAGUGCUCUGAACUUUACCUGCAUGGUCAAGAACCCAGUCAGUAACAGUAGCUCCCUUCCCAUCUUGGUGCGGCCUUCAUGCACAGGGCCAGGAAUCCUGGGCGGAAAGGAAUCAGUAGGGGAGACAGUGAUCGGCACCCUUGGGAAGUCAGCCACUCUGCCCCUGGAGGUCCCAGUGGGGCAAGAGAUCAGCUCCCUGAGGCUGCAGGACUCCGGCCCCUAUCAAGCCUGGAUAACUCUGCAUAGUCCCCCAAUCAACAUCACCAAGGAUUUCAUCCUGCAUGUCUAUGAGAGACUGCAGGAGCCCAAAAUCACAGCCAGCUCUCAGAUCACGAAGGAUGGGACCUGCUUCAUCACCCUCAUCUGUUCGCUGGACCAGCCUGGAGAGGAUGUUCAGUACAGCUGGGACCCCCGGGGCCAUGGGGCAGUUGUGUCACAUGGGGGCACCACUCUCAGCGUCUCCUGGAGAUCUGGGGUCAGCGACAGCUAUCACUGUACAGUGAAGAACCCCAUCAGCCAGAGCUCCAGCUCCAUCCCUGUCAGGCCCCUCUGCUCAGGUUCCUUCCUACCCUGCUGCCUGAGGAAAGAGUUUCUUCUCUUUUUGAUCCUGGGAGCUUUGCAGAUUAAAUAGAUUUGAACUUGACAUGUGGAAAAGCCAAGAAUAGGAAGCGAAAAGAAGGUCACUCUGUGAAACACAGAUAAGGAAGUCUACACAGAGAAAGAAAGAGUGUGACCUGAUACCCGAAUCUCCAGGUGUGAGAGAGAAACACUUGUGCUGAUUAAAGCAUGAAACCGGUUUUGUUUGCAAACUGAGUUCAAAGCAAUGAAGAAACAGCUACAUAUUUUCUGUUGAAAACCAUCUGCUUAUGUUUUGUUUAAUUGUGUUUUAACAUGUUCAGAAAGAAAAGAGGCUUAUUCAAUUUAAGAAAAAUUGAAUGAUUUGAAAUAUAAUAUGUAAUGAUAAUAAAAUUGCUAAAAAUUG